AUGUUACAACAUGAAAUAAACGAGCUAACUGGGAAGGUAUCGGUAACUGGCACAUUGGAAUUAAUAUGGAAAGACGAGGAGCUUGUCUGGAAACCGGAUGAUUACAACUACAUUUAUUCAAUAAUGGUUCCCAUCUCCGAGGUUUGGUACCCGCCCCUGUUCAUUGGCAACCCGGAUACCACCGCAACAGCUUUUAAAGUUGAGGACAGGAGCUAUGUUCGGCUUUCGUCAGACGGCACAAUCUCGUUCUAUCCUUCCGGUGUAUAUUCAGUCAAUAGUCCGCUGGAUUCGAAAUAUUACCCCUAUGAUAAGCAGACGUUCGGCAUUCAAUUUCUUGUCCCAGGUUUCAUAAACACAGAAGUAAACCUCAUUGAAGGAACUGUAACGUAUAUCGCAUCGUCGUUCGAAGGAGACGGCGGAUGGUCCCUGUUAAAUCUGACAAGAGCGGUGACACUAGUCAGCCAAUAUACAUCAGCAGCUACAUUCACUGUCAGCUUAGAGAGAAAGUCGACGUUUAUGGUUGUAAACAUCAUUCUGCCAAUAUUGUUUCUGGCUGUAAUCAACCUGCUAGUGUUUGUACUGCCGCCCGAUGCCGGGGAACGGGUAUCAUACUCCGUGACUCUACUCCUGUCGUUAGCAGUGUUUGUGACAUUGCUUGGAGAUAACCUGCCGAAAACGUCAGACCCGCUCCCCGUGCUUAGCUUUUAUCUGUUAGCAACCCUGACCCUCAGCACGCUCAUGUGUGUUAUGGCCAUCCUGAAUCUUUCAAUAUACCAUAAAAAUGAGCAAUCUCGACCACCAAAGUGCAUUUCAGUCGUAGCUGGUGCAGUACUUUGCCGAAAUACAUUUCUCAAGUCUCAGAAAGUUGAAGACAUUGCCGAAACCGACAUUAAACCGACAAUGGAGAAACAAGGUGCAGAAAUGAAGGUAGCAAUCGAAGACAACAAGGAAGUAACGCUCAGCUGGAAGGAUGUUAGUUACGCUGUUGAUAUUAUGUGCUUAGUGGCAUUUAUAAUUGUUAUGUUUGUUAUCAAUAUCUACUACCUUGUACAGUUAACAUCACAAUAG